GGGGCUUGCCGGCUCCGGCUCCGCGAGUCCUCCUUUUUUGCACACACACGAAUACAAAGAGCCACACGACCUUCGGAUGCCUGUGGGUCAGUGGUGGGCUCCUUUUUUUGUUUCUUAGGUUGCACUGGUUGGGGGUUCCAUGCUUGGGUGCAGGAAGCAUGUCUUCUGCCCUCUGAAGCUGUAUUCGUCAGGAAGGCCUUGGCAGGGCCCCUUCUUUUGGUAACUGUGACACCCAGCGUAUUGUGCUAGCCAGCACAAGACCAGCAGAGAGAAGGCAACUGUCCUCCCCGGGCAGGGAGAGGCAGCCCUGCGCCACCAGUCCCCCAGGCUCCUCUGGCCAACACCCUCCAUGAGAACAGAGAGUGACUGCAGAGAGACUAGGAUCCAGUGGUGUGAGCCGUCCAGCAGAGUGAGCCUGGUUCCCGCUCGCCAUGUCCUUCAGCGCCACCAUCCUCUUCUCCCCGCCCGGUGGCGGCGGUGGAGGCGGCGAGGCCCGGUGCUGCUGCUGCGCCUGCAAGAGUGAGAGUGGUGGGGGAGGCCCGCAGGGCUCCAACCCUCCUCCUGCGGCCGCCACCCCGAUCACCGUGACGGGCCAUGGGCUGGCGGUGCAGAGCUCGGAGCAGCUCCUGCACAUCAUCUACCAGCGUGUGGACAAGGCUGUGGGGCUGGCGGAGGCCGCGCUGGGGCUGGCCAGGGCCAACCAUGACCUGCUCAAGCGACUCCAGAACGAAGUGGGGGAGCUGAGGAGAGGCAAAGCCACAGCCCCACAAGAGGCCAGGGAGAGCCCGGUGCAGAGUUCCCAGCCUGAGGAGCCAGGGCCCCUCAAGGAGAGCCCAGGAGACACCUGCAAGGCUGCAGCAGCUGCCCCUGCGGACGAGGAGUGUGACAGCGUGGGCAGCGGCGUGCAAGUGAUGAUUGAAGAGCUGAGGCAGCUGGGGGCCGCCUCGGCUGGGGGGCCUGGACCUCUGGGCUUCCCUGGGGCCCAGAGAGACCUGCGGCUCCCUGGGUGCAACCUGGCUGCUGGCGAGGGAGCCCCCAUGCUCAGUCCCUUGGUGGACGACUAUGUGGCCUCUGAGGGUGGAGUUCAGCGGGUGCUGGUACCUGCUUAUGCCAAGCAACUCUCACCAGCCACACAUCUCACUGUCCAGCGUGCGCCCUCUGAGAGUGGGCCAGAAAAUGGAACCAAGCUGCCAGCAGCCCGGCCUGAGGACAUACUCAGUGCUGCACUGGACAGCACCUUGGAAGUUCCAGUCCCUGGGGGAGCUGAGGAGCUGAGACGCUCUCUGGGCUUUGCUGCCUCCCCGUGCAGGACCAGAGGGAGUGGGCAGAAGAACUCCAGGCGCAAGCGAGAUCUAGUACUUUCUAAAUUGGUCCACAAUGUGCAUAACCACAUCACCAAUGACAAGAGAUUCAACGGGUCUGAAAGCAUCAAGUCCUCAUGGAAUAUCGCCGUGGUGAAGUUCCUUCUAGAGAAGCUCAGGCAGGAGCUGGUGAGCAGUCCCCACAAUUACACUGACAAGGAGCUGAAAGGAGCCUGUGUAGCCUACUUCCUUACUAAGAGGCGUGAGUACCGCAACUCCUUGAACCCUUUUAAGGGCCUGAAGGAAAAAGAGGAGAAGAAGCUUCGAAGCCGGAGAUACCGGCUCUUUGCCAACCGCUCCAGUAUCAUGAGGCAUUUCGGCCCUGAGGACCAGCGCCUGUGGAAAGAUGUAACGGAAGAGCUGAUGUCAGAUGAAGAGGACAGUCUGAAUGAGCCUGGCGUCUGGGUGGCCCGGCCACCUCGGUUCCGGGCCCAGCGCCUCACCGAGCUCUGCUACCACCUGGAUGCUAACUCCAAGCAUGGCACGAAGGCCAAUCGUGUGUACGGGCCUCCCUCGGAUCGACUACCUUCUGCUGAGGUGCAGCUUCUGCCACUGGACCUUUAUAACCCAAAUUUCCAAGAAGAGGAAGAAGAGGGAGGUGAUGAGAAUGGACCUGCCUCCCCAUCCUUUGACCAGCCCCACAAAACCUGCUGUCCUGAUUUGAACUCAUUCAUUGAAAUCAAGGUAGAAAAGGAUGAAUGAAAUCUAGAACCCAGAAUAACUCUGGCUUCUGUCACUCCCCAUAUCCCAGAAGUGGGGGGUAGGGGCAUUCUCAGAAUAACAAGAGAUUCUUUACACUGAAAGGAGAAAAAAAAAAUCUUCCUUCUUAACACAGUCCCCACUGGAAGUGGAAGCUAGCAACUCUAGAGGCACACACCGGGGAUGGGAGUGGGGGAACCAUCUAGAAGAGCAAAAAACUCCCUCUACUGUGAAUGGCAAGCCAGAAAAAAAUGCUUAUUCCUAAGUAUAAACAGUGCCUCCCAGGAUCCUGGAUGAGAAAAAGAGGAUGGGGCUGAGAAACACGAGGCCUUCCUAACACCAUGUCCCAUUCUUUUGAGUUUUUUUCCUUUCUUUCCUUUUUUUUCCCCUUUUUGGUUUCCCUCAAAGCUCUUGGGGAGACAACCCUGGUUGUACCUUCCGCUGGCCUAGCGCUGCAGUGGCGGCCCCACGCGCCAGGCCUGGGGGACACUGCCACCUGGUGGGCAGUUUCAUCACGGGCUUGCUGCCUCUGAGCGGAGCCCAUGGGCUCAUCCGCAUUGGGGAACUGGGCUCUCAAUAGCUAUUGUUUACUGAAUUAUAUAAACAGCUUUUAUUAUUCCCAUCCUACACACGAGAAAAAUUAAGAGUUCCUACAUCUCACCAGCAGCUGCUUUCUUGUCACCUGACCAAGCAGUGCCCAGGGCCUUGUAGCUGUUUCUUAGUCCUGCCAGCCAAGCUAUGCUGUCUUUUGAGGAAGGUGUGGGCGUGUGGAUGUGUGGGUGCGGGUGUGGGUGUGUGCGCGUGCAUUCUGAAUGGACUAAGAAUUUAAAAAAUAACUUUCUAUUCUUCCACUCAAUCGUAAUAAAUAUUGUUGACUAGG